AUGCUAAGAGAGUCUUUGAUCGUUUCUGUUCACCAUUUGCACCACUCUAAUGAUGCUAAUGGUGAAGGUGAUACACCAAACAACCAGGAUGAUGAAGAGGAAAGCGGCCAAUGUGCGUUGACGAUCACAGAUGGAGCCAAAAUCGCCACCGAUUGCACAACCACAGCCAUUAUUGAGCUGGGCUGUUGCGAAACAUGGUCCGAGUUGCUCAGAUGGUUGCUCAGAACAAUGAUUCUGGCAGCUAGUCCUAAUGCAACGCAUGAUAGAAAUAGAGUGAAGAUUCUGAAAAACAGCGGGAUGUACGAAUUGUUCAUGAUGAUGUCUCCGAGCCAGGGUUUCCAUUCCUUCUUGUUCUCAGAGAUCCAAAAGCCGGCAUGCGACCGGUAUUUUGUCUUGUCGUACGGUCCGGAGUUGUUCCCGUUGGACUCUCCAGAGUCCAUGUACGACGACUCCGGUCCGCCAUAG